AUGGAAAAACUAUGCCGUAUCGAAAAAUUAUGUGGCGAAUGCGAUAGUGAUGGUCUACCCGAUGAGAUGAUUAUCAAUACUGAGUGGGGAGCAUUUGGUGACGAUGGCUCAUUGGACUCAAUACGCACAGAAUUCGAUAAGGCAGUUGACGCGACUAGCAUAAAUCCGGGAAAACAACUGUUUGAAAAGAUGAUUUCUGGAAUGUAUAUGGGUGAAUUAGUUCGGGUAGUACUUGAAGCUUUAGCCAAGGAAGGACUAUUAUUCAAUGGUGAUUGUGAUGCAAUUUCUCAGCAUGGCUGUUUCCCGACAAAGUUUGUUUCGGAAAUUGAGAGUGAUCUUCUUGAGCAAGAGGAGCGAACGUUCCAGAAGACUUAUCAGAUUUUAGAAGAUAUUGGCAUCGAAAACGUUUCCGGCGCUGAUUGUGCUAAUGUAGCUUAUGUAUGCAGUCUCAUCAGUACAAGAGCAGCUCAUAUGACAGCAGCCGGAAUUGCUACAUUGCUAAAUCGUAUGAAACGACCUCAUGUGACAGUAGGCGUUGAUGGGUCCGUGUACCGUUUCCAUCCAACAUUCCCGCGAUUACUUGACGAGAAAAUUGAUCAGCUCAUAGAAGGCGAUCUUGAGUACCAGCUAAUGCUUUCCGAAGAUGGCAGUGGUCGUGGAGCAGCUCUAGUCGCCGCUGUGGCAACACGCAUGAAACGGGAGCGACUUUGCAAUAAUUAG